CUCGGUACCACUAUAAAAACGGUCCGCAACGAAAUGAGAGUAAUCAGUAGCCUUCGAGCAGUCUACAACAGAAGUGCACGAUGAGAGUUCUGAUCUUCACCGCCGCCGUCCUCGCCUCCGCCGCUGCAGUGCCCUCGGGCCUGCUAGCCGGUCAUGGUUUGGCCCUUGGUGCCGCGCCGCUCGCAGUGGCUCAUGCUGCACCCCUAGCUGUAGCUCACGCGGCGCCCGUCGCGGUUGCCCACGGACCCGCCCUCCCAACCAUCUCCCCCGGUGACAUCCAGGGUGCCGCCAUCGACGCCCACGUUGAAGCCUCCGACCACGCCCGCGCCGCCGUCGACGCCGCCCGCGAAUACCACGACCAAGCCGCUGAACUGCAAGGCCGCGCCAUCAACGCUGCUGAAGACCACUCCUGGCAGGCGGUCGACGCCGUGAAGACCGCUGAGGCUCAGUUGGACGGCGCCGCCGCCGGUGCCGCCCCCGUCAUCGCCAAGCAGCUGGCCGGUCGCGUGGCCCCCGCCGUGGUCGGACACGCCGCGUACGCCGCCGCCCCCGUGGUGGCUGCGCACGGUGCCUACGCCGCCGCACCCGCUGCCUACGCCGCGCCCGCUGCCUACGCCGCGCCCGCUGCAUACGCCGCGCCCGCUGCAUACGCCGCCCCCGCGCUGGCCGCCAGCAAAACAGUCGUGACCCAAUCCCUCUCCCAGUCUCACCCCGCCCCCCUCAUCCACUCCGCCGUCGUCGCCCCCGUGGCGUACGGCGCGCACGGUCUCGGAUACGCCCAUGGCCUCGCGCACGGAUGGUAAACUGUGAUUUAAGUUAUUUAGAUACCAAAUGUAAUAAUACUCAAAUGUUUGGAAUGUAUAUAAAUUAAAAAAAAUAUAUAAAAUAUGCAACAGUGGCGAGGAUGUGUGUGAAUAAAUGAAAUAGUAAUUAUAUAAA